AUGGUCAUAAAUGUUUCCUUUCUGAGUAUCGCGGCCGGAAAAUUGUUGAAGGUAGAUGAAUAUCUCCUUUUACCUACUCAGAAGAAAGGGUCCAUAACUGCAGCACUUCGCAAGAAAACUGCCAGUGAAGGUGUGUUCUUUACUGGGUUACGUACCAAGACUAUUGAGAAUGCUGUUUCAGAAAGUGUAUGUGUAAAAUGUUGGAUGUCACGGUGA